AUUUUUUUAAUAGUUUUUAGUUACCAAUAGGCUGAAACUAAGUUUUUAUUAGAGUUUAUUAAACAAAUAUUUGAUCAGCUUCAUAAGUAGACGAUUAAAAACAUAUAAAUUAUAAAUAAUUUUUCAAUUUUCUGUUAAAUUGUAUUUAAAUUAAUGCGUCACAAUUAUAUUUGCGUUUUUAAAUCAGUGACAACAAUGUUAAUUUUUGUGUAAAAAAAUUAUGCAGCAAAUAGUUACCACGGGUAGACUGAUCUCACGUGCACUUUGGAAUGGCUUUACAAAUUUGGCACCUUCAAACUCCGAACACGUAAAUAAAAAACGGGAACCUUCUUUUUUAUAUGCUGUUUGCGGUUUUCCUAAGGAAUCUUCUCGUAAAAAUCCUCCAAUAAAAGGGAAGUUUGGUGAUGAUGCUUGGUUUUCGGCAAAAGGAAAAGCAACAGAUGUAUUAGGUGUUGCUGAUGGUGUUGGAGGUUGGCGUCAUUAUGGCAUUGAUCCAGGUGAAUUUUCAAGUUUUCUUAUGAUGACAUGUGAAAGACUAGUAUCUUUGGGAAAAAUUAAACCCAAUGAACCUAAUAAAUUAUUAGCCCAAAGUUAUUAUGAAUUACUUGAAAAUAAACAACCAAUUUUAGGAAGUAGUACAGCAUGUGUAGUAGUGUUAAAUAAAGAAACUUCCAGUAUAUAUACAGCUAAUAUUGGUGAUAGUGGUUUUAUGGUUGUUCGCGGAGGGCAUGUUGUUCAUAGAUCUGAGGAACAACAACAUUAUUUUAAUACUCCUUAUCAAUUAUCAGUUCCACCGCCUGCUCACUCUGGUCAAGUACUAAGUGAUAGUCCUGAUUCUGCUGACACUUCAGAUUUUGCUGUAGAAAAUGGAGAUGUCAUUUUAUUAGCUACUGAUGGAGUAUUUGAUAAUGUUCCUGACCAUUUAUUGCUAAAAGAACUAAGUCGAGUUGAGGGUGUUCGAGAUCCUACAAAAUUACAAUGUGCAGCUAACACUAUUGCAUGGAUGGCUAGAAUACUAGCAUUUGAUAGAUCUUUCUUAUCUCCAUUUGCACGUGCUGCUCAAGCUAAUGGUAUCAAUACUGUUGGUGGAAAACCUGACGAUAUCACUGUGCUUCUAGCAACUAUUGCCAUGUAAGUCAAAAUACUCAAGCUAUGAAAAAGGAGGUUAAAAUUAUUCUUUGUAUACUUGCUCCAUUUUUAAUUAAAUAAUAUUAAACAUAUAAAUAUAA